GGCCCAUCAUGUAGGUGCAGCAGAGCCUUCCUUACCAUUGCAAUAGGGGGGGAAAAACCCACUUUGCAAUCUGUUUUGCAAGGUGUGCAAUUGCAGCCCUUUCCUCUGCAAAGAGAUCUGCUGUAGGAAGUAAGAAAAACUCCAGUUGCAUGAAGAUUGAGCGCUUGCAGUUUGCAUCUUUGUUGCAAAACUAGCUACUGAAGAGAGAAGGCAAAGUCUUUUGUGCUCCCCUCCCCCAUCAAAGCAGAGGGGAAAAUGUCUCAGCAGAGAGGCAGAAAGAAAAAUCCAGGGCUGAAAAUUCCUAAAGAAGCAUUUGAACAACCACAGACGAGCUCCACGCCACCAAGAGAUUUGGAUUCCAAAGCUUGCAUCAAUAUUGGUGACAAGAACUUUGAAGUAAAGGCCGAUGACCUGGAGCCAAUCUCAGAACUUGGACGUGGUGCCUAUGGAGUGGUAGAGAAGAUGCGGCACAUGCCCAGCGGGCAGAUUAUGGCAGUAAAGAGAAUCCGAGCAACUGUGAACAGCCAAGAACAGAAGAGGCUGUUGAUGGACCUCGACAUUUCCAUGAGGACAGUAGACUGUCACUUCACAGUCACGUUCUACGGUGCAUUGUUCCGAGAGGGAGAUGUGUGGAUCUGUAUGGAACUGAUGGACACAUCGUUGGACAAAUUCUACAAACACGUAUUAGACAAAGGCUUAACGAUUCCUGAAGACAUCCUAGGAAAAAUAGCUGUCUCAAUUGUAAAAGCACUAGAACAUCUACAUAGUAAGCUCUCUGUAAUUCAUCGAGAUGUAAAACCCUCCAAUGUAUUGAUCAAUACACUGGGACAAGUGAAAAUGUGUGACUUUGGAAUUAGUGGUUACCUCGUUGACUCUGUGGCUAAGACGAUGGAUGCUGGCUGUAAACCUUACAUGGCACCUGAAAGAAUCAACCCGGAAUUUAACCAAAAAGGAUACAGUGUCAAAUCCGAUAUUUGGAGCCUGGGAAUUACAAUGAUUGAGCUGGCAAUCUUGAAGUUUCCAUACGAUUCUUGGGGAACGCCAUUCCAGCAGCUCAAACAGGUGGUUGAAGAGCCAUCGCCACAGCUCCCAGCGGACUUCUCAGCAGAGUUUGUUGAUUUUACCUCACAGUGCUUAAAGAAGAUUUCUGAAGAAAGGCCAACAUACCCUGAACUAAUGCUACACCCUUUCUUCACCCUGCACGAAUCCAAAGAGACAGAUGUGGCUUCUUUUGUCAAACUUAUCCUGGGAAACUGAGAAAUGGACUUACACAUGGAUGGUUUUGCCUUUCGGUGGACUGGUGGGUUUAGGAGGAGUGGUACAUGGCAGGGAAAUGCGCACGAGAAGAGAACCUCUGGGAGAACCCACUGCUGGCCUAUUUUGUGUUUGUUUUUGGUAACAUGCUAGCCGCUCCUUCUGAAGAUUUUUUUUUUUUAAAAAAAAGGUUCUUUGGUAUCAAUAGUGACAUAGAAUGAACUGGUUAGUGAAAUGAAUUUUAAUAAGGUGGUCAACCUUAAAACAAAACAAAACAAAAAAAAUUAAAAGAGUGAUUUAAAUAUUUAAAUGACAGUCGAGAGUUCUCUAACCAUAUUCUCAGCUUCCCCAUUUUUUCUUGUUUCUUAUCAAAGCAGAAUUGCUUUUGUUUAUGGUAAUAGGUGCUACGGUAGUUAUGAAGUUCUAUGUAGAGUUCUAUUUUGUCCCUACCAUUAUUUUAAUAUUUAUGUCAAGAGCUUGAUUUGAAUAGAAUCUUUGUUUUUGUUUUUAUGUGAGAGUUCAGUGAUGGGUGAUGAGGAAGGCUCCAACAGAUGAAGCUACAAAGAUUAGUAUUUAUUGGGCGUUGCUGGGGAAAAGGAGGAAGCAUGGGCCAUAUAGAAUAGAGGAAUGAUUUAAAUUCAAGAAAAAAUGUGGCUUAUGCUUAGAUGGCCCAGCUAUGCCUGAGAUCUGCAUCUUACUUUGGGAGAUGUGCGGAGAGUGAUUUAUCCUUGAAAGGCAGAGGAUCCCAAAACCUGCUCUUUGUGGUGUUUUUGGUGUCUUAUAUUAUGUUGGUUUAUACAUGCAGUGAGCAAUUAUAUCCUCAAAGAGGUAGUGGUGGAAAUCAUCUUCACUCCCAGGGAACUUGGGGAUUAACACGGAGAGGAAACAUAUGUAUUUUUAAAGAUUAUAUGGAAAAAUCAGAAGCUGUGCUAAACUUUUCGUGGUUAGCUAAGCAAUGGUGAGCCAUAACCUGUAACCUCCCGCUAAGCAAGGAGACCUUGUGGGUCAUGGUUAGUUUAGUGCACUAGAGAUUCCUGAAAGGAAGUUAGAACAGAGGAAAUUCAGAUUUCAAUAAGAGGGUUAAGUCAGGUACUUGGGAAGAAUCACAAUGCCAGUUUCAAGUCGGCAAAAAUAUAGAGAGCCUGUCUUGGACGCUCAGACUUCAUGCAUACACUAAUAUUUUCACACAUUACCCUGUCUCCUUUUCAUGCCUCCAUUUUUCCAGUUCUUCUCUUUCUAGACCCGAGUGAGUCUUGCUCAUGUCUGGUACGGACUGGAAAAAAUCUCUGUCCAAACUGAACGUGGGACUUAAAUGCAUAGGAAUCGCAGAAGUGUCGCAUCCCUCCUAAUUACUUGUUUUUAAAUACUCAUAGGGCCAAAUCCUAACUUGGAUUUAUAGACUCUGGUGGCAGCUAUUUCUUGAGCUGUGCACAAGAGACUUCUGCCCUUGUGGCCAUUCUACAAUAGUAGAUUACGUGGAUCUCUAGUUUUAUGUGGCACAUCUUCUCCUUGUUCAAUAUUGUACGAUGAAACCAGGGCCUUGGCUGAUGGAGGCCACUGCAGUGCCACCAAGUAUGCCAGAACUUGUUUUUUGCUUAUGAAGCGAUUGCGUUUCCUGAACUGGACCAUGGCAGUAUUAAUUAGAGAUGGGCAUGGAACAAAAAAACCCCAAAAACCAGGAGGUUCAUGGUUCGUGGGUUUCACAAACCACGAACCAUGGAACUGGACCAGUUACAAACCGGUUUGUGGUUUGUAGGGUUUAAAUGCCCCUUUUCGGCCUUAACAGCGGCAGAGAAAGGGGUAUUUAACAGUUUAAAGAGCCAUUUCCUGCCUUGCAAGCAGCAGGUCCCUUUAAACUAUCAGCUGGCAGGUGGCAGGGGGGGAUCCCCCCUCACCGCCUGCCCGCUGAUAGUUUAAAGGGACCUGCUGGUGGCAGGGUCUCGUCCGCCACCCUGCAGGCCCCCAGGGCAGCGAAAGAGGCUGAAAAUGACCUUUCCGCCCCUCCUGGGAGGAGACGAAGGACAC